UGCAACUAUGCGGUUCCGUUUCUGUGGGGAUUUGGACUGCCCAGAUUGGGUGCUUGCCGAAAUCAGCACAUUAGCAAAACUUUCAAGUGUCAAGAUGAAGCUCCUUUGUGCUCAAGUGCUGAAGGAUUUGCUGGAUGAGGGCAUUGAUUAUGACAAAGUUACAAAGCUUACUGCAGAUGCAAAGUUUGAAAGCGGAGACAUCAAAGCCAGUGUGGCGGUGCUCAGCUUCAUUUUCUCCAGUGCAGCAAAGCAUGAUGUUGACAGCGAGUCUCUGUCCAGUGAGCUGCAGCAGCUCGGUCUGCCUAAAGAACACACAACGGGGCUGUGCAAAUCAUAUGAAGACAAACACUCUGCACUGCAAGACAAACUAAGAGAGACGAGCCUAAGAUUGGGACGGUUGGAAUCUGUAUCCUGGCGUGUCGACUACACUCUGAGUUCAAGUGAGCUGAGAGAGGUGAAUGAACCUGUGAUUCAGCUGAAGCUGGAGGCACAAGGAGCAGAGUCAGGCUCUACGGAGACGACUGUCGUCUCCGUCUCUGCUGACAAGUUCAGAGUCUUGCUUGCGGAGCUCAAACAAGCCCAGGCUAUGAUGAAUGCACUACAAUAAAGGAUCCACAGCAAAGUCAGGCUUAAAUGUCUAAUCAGGAACUGGACACACAUGAGGCUGAUGAACAACCAAAAGUGCCACAUUUACAUAUUGUACAUUGCUUGAAUUUAGCUAUUUCUAGUGAAACGAAAACUCAUUCCUUAUUUUGACUUGGAUUUUUAAAGUACUUGUGUUUUUCCACCGCAUAAGUAAUAAUUGAUGGAAAUGUUUCCUUUCUGCGAUUUUUCACCGAUGAAAUGAAAGAAUACUGAAUGGACCAUUUUUGUAAAAUAUUGUAAUUAUGUUCCAUAAUGUUGUAAUUAUAUUACUUAACUCAUUUUGAUUUGAGUUGUGUUGGUUAUGUCUGUUUUACCUUCAUAACGUCACAAAUGAAUAAAAUCUGAAACUCAGGUA